AUUUUUAGGCGACAUCAAAUAAAAGAAGCGUGUUUGUAAUAAAAAGCAGCGUCUUUAAUAAUAAUAAUGGCAGAGGCUUUGAAAGAAAAAGAUCUCGGCAAUGCAGCGUAUAAGCAACGGAACUUCGAUGAAGCAAUAAAGCAUUAUGAUAAAGCUAUCGAGAUUGACCCUGCGAAUAUUGUUUUUUACAACAAUAAAGCUGCGGUGCUUUUCGAGCAGAAAAAAUAUGACGAAUGUAUCGAACUGUGCAAGAAAGCAGUAGACAUUGGUCGUGAACAGCGAGCGGACUAUACGCACAUUGCAAAGGCCUUUUCCCGGAUAGGGAAUGCUUAUUUGAAAUUGGAUCAGUUGAAAGAAGCACUUACAUAUUUCGAUAAGUCGCUGUCCGAACACAGAGAUCCUGAACUAGUGAAGAAGAAGAAAGCGUUGGAGAAAGAGUUAGCUGAGAGAGAAAGAUUAGCUUAUAUAGAUCCAGAAAUAGCAGAAAAAGAGAAAAUUAAGGGUAACGAACUUUUCAAGCGAGGUAAAUAUCCGGAAGCUAUGAAGCAUUAUAACGAAGCCGUGAAGCGAGAUCCCGAAAACCCUGUCCUUUAUUCAAACAGAGCAGCUUGUUACACAAAAUUAAUGGAAUUUCAUCGAGCGCUUGAAGACUGCGACACAUGUAUCAAGAAAGAUCCCACCUUUAUAAAAGCCUAUAUCAGGAAAGGCGCUGCAUUAAUCGCACUUAAAGAAUAUGGUAAGGCACAGAGUGCGUAUGAAGCAGCUCUUGCAUUAGAUAAUAAUAAUCAGGAAGCUCGUGAUGGUUUAAUCAAUGCAAUGAGUAACAAUAAUGAAGAUCCAGAUGCUGCACGAGAGCGUGCAUUACGGGAUCCAGAAGUACAGGAAAUACUCAAAGACCCAGGUAUGCGGCUGUUGCUGGAACAAAUGAGUCAAGAUCAGGGAGCGGUGCGUGAGCAUCUCCAAAACCCAGAUAUUUUAAGAAAACUUGUGAAACUACGCGAAGCAGGCAUUAUUAAAUUGCGAUAAGAGUAUUUUGCAUUUGUUAUUGCGCAGUAAAUGUUCGCUCCACGUGGAGAGGUUCUGUUUCCAUCUUUGUUGGAUCUCUAGAAAACUGUUGUAUUUCGUAAAUGUUGAGUAGAUAGUUAAAGUUGAGUGAAAGUUAGUGAGUUUAAUGUCCGAUAGUUUUCUGGAAAGAUUAAAUUUAAAGAAUGCCAUGAGAAAUCGGUUGAAUUGGCGUAAUUAUUGUGAGAGCGGCGCACGUUCGCAUUCUCUUUGCUUUGUCCUUCUGAUGUCAUACUUCCAUUUUUUGUUUUUCUUAUAAUUAACUGUCGUUUUGUUUUACUGUCUUAUAAUAAAAACUG